AUGUUUGUCACUGGAAGGCAGCUGUUCCAAUCCGUAUCUUACUCCCUAUGGUUAGGGUCGACAGUUCAUGUUUUUGACCGAAUACUAACAUUCCAGGACACCAUUAAUAGAAUCAAUACUCUAAGAGUCAGCGAGUUGAAAGCGCUCUGUAGAGCAACCGGUCGUCUUGUCUCUGGUAGAAAAGCAGAUUUAGCCGAACGACUAAAACUUUUCUUCCAGCUAGGAAGAGAUAAUAAUGAUAACGUACUCUUACUGGCAACAAGAACUCUGGUGCUGAAGGCUGCAAAUUUUCAGGAAGUCCCCAACUUUGACACGAUCUACAAUGCUUUAAAGACAAAUUCUCAUCUUUUUAUGCUUCCGUCGGCCGGGUCAAACGUAGUACCAGCUGUACAAUCCUCCGUCACACACAAUCAGCUCCCCAUGAGUACUGGUAAUACUAACAUGUUUCAAGGGGUUAAUAUGUUUCCCACGAAACCAAGUGAGGAUUCCAAGAAAGUCAGACCGUGGGUUUAUUUUCAAGAAAGUCCAUUUUAUCGUUUGAAGCGGCUGGUGCAUGGAACUCCAGUGAUGGCUGAGAAGGCUCCCGGAAGAAGAGGUCAAUGUAACAUCCAGUUUAUCUUGAAUGAGAGUGAAACUAAGACUCUUUUCGGAAAGCCCAAUUACAAACUCUUGCUCUUGAGCGGAAGCUACGAUGGUCGUAAUGUCACCAACAAUGCAUUUGUUGAGUUCCCACAACCUUUAGAAAUAUACUGUAACAAAGCCCCUGUUAAAGGUAAUGUUAAAGGAAUUAAAAAUAAACCAGGAACGGCAAGGCCUGCUAACUUGACUCCAUUUGUGAAGGAGCCACCCACUAUGAACAACCUCCAAGUUGUUUAUGCUUUUUCCAAUACGGAUUAUCUGUUUUAUCUUUACAUCGUGGAAUCGUUUUCAGCAUUUGAUGUACUACAAAAAGUAUUGGCCCAGCCACACAUAAUCAAGGAAGCUACCCUAAAUAGUUUCAAUAAGACUGAGGAUGAUGAUGAUGUGGUGGAAAUGUCUCAGAUUCUAAGUUUGAAGUGCCCGUUGUCAUUUUCCCGGAUGAAGUAUCCCUGCAAGUCAAUUUAUUGCGAACAUGUUCAGUGUUUUGAUGGUCUUGCGUUUUUGCAGCUGCAAGAGCAGGCAUCAACAUGGAGCUGUCCCCUUUGUUCUAAAAAAAUAGAUGUGAAGGAUCUGGCCCUCAGUGACUAUGUUGAAGAAAUCCUUAAAAACACUUCUGACCUUGUCGAAACUGUGGAGAUUGAUCCAAAUGGAAAUUGGACCAUUGGCAAAGAAGACGAACCAGAUGUUUCUCAACCUCAAGAAAAAUCUACCGAAGGUUUGAAAUCUGAGCCCACCGAGGAAUUUUUACCACCACCAGAUGCUUCUGUUGAAGUUAUAUCAUUGGAUAGUGACUCUGAGGAUCAAGAUGAUGGAGUUGCAAUUAAUCCUCCCGAACCAGAAGUUUUGAAUUCAACUGUUUUGCCACAGGAUAUGUUGUCAACCACUGUUGCUGUAUCGAAUACUACAAACAACGAAGGACCAUCGUCAUCAAGCGCGUCCCUGCCAAAUGGGGAAGAAAUGUUAGAUUAUUCAGAUCUCCCAACUGCAAAUAUACGCCGUGGGCUUCCACGUAUAGACUCUGAAGGGGAGGAUACCGCAAGCAUUUCAAGUUCUCCAUUACCACCUCCUUCACGCCCCCCUAUUCAGUCCUUGUCUGGUGAAAAUCGGUUAAAUGCAGCUAUGUCAGUCGCUUCGGGGACUCAAGCUCAGUCUAAUGAUACUUUGCACAACUCAGAAUUGGGAGAUGUAGCUGAGAAAGAUGUUGGAACGGAAGAUGGUAAUAGGCGCCAAAGAAGCAUAUCACCUUUACCUCCACCCGCCGCCCCUCCUCCUCAUCUACAUUCGCAGUCAUCAAAUGCUCAGUCGGCAAAUAACACAAACAGUUCUAUAACUAUCGAAGAUAGUCAUGCAGUCAAGACAGCUUCAGUAACAUCUCAAGAGAAUCCUCAAGGUAGUUUAUCAGUUUCAUUUACGCCCCCGGAUGCUCAUAGAAGUAUAUCAGAUCCGCAGAGUGCUCAGCUUCGCCAGAUGUUCAAUUCUACACCGUACAACAGUGAGUUAACCACAAAUUAUUCUUCAAACUUAGCAAAUAGACCUUCGUCGUUCAGCAGUUCUGGUUUUCCAAGAAAUACGGAAGUUGUACCUCCCUCAAAUGGUAAUAGAAGAUCUGAAUUUAAUAGAACCAAAAGUAUCCAGAUAUUUUUGCAACGUCAAGAACAGUUACUGACCCAUAAUCCUACUCUUCAACAACUUGAAGCCUCUUUAAAAUUGCAAGAUCACAUAUAUAACCAGAUUGCUACUCAAAAAAAAAUAUUGGAAGCCUUGAAUCCUAGCUUACGCAAUGAAGAAGGUCAGUAUGAUCAAGUAAUACGUCAAGCUACUGUACGGACUGCUCAAAAGAACAGAAUUCUGAAGCUUCUGGCAAAGAAACGGGGACAACUAAACCAUACCCACAACCACCAUGCAAACGUUAACUCCAUUUCCGAGAAAGUCGAUGGCACCAUGCCAAAUGGUCAUGGAAGUACUGAUUUCGUUCAAAGCUUGCGAUCAGCUCCCUUACAAGCCUCACAGAAUUUCUCCCCACUAGCAUCAUCAGCACAGCAGGAACAACAUAGUCAAUCUCCAAAUUUUAAUCGAUCAUAUUUGGUCCCAUCAGCAUCAAAUAGCUCAGGACAAGUUCAAAACCAAGAUCAGUAUAACUUUAACUUUUAUGGUCAACCUCUAGUCCAAACUCCUAAUGAGGUAGGGGCUCAGACAUUGCCACAAUUAUACCCAGGGGCACCUUCGAUUCAUUCAAGUCUCCGUAAUGACAAGCAAACUCAGUCACAGAAUAUAUCACGAAAUGGAGUUCAACCUCAACUACUAAACCCAGCUCAAGAAUCUUCAGAGACUCCAAGCUUGGUACUACCGUCGUGGUCAAAUAACAGCUUGUUGCAAAGCACCGGAAAUCCUAGUGCUUCAUCUCCAACAAAUGGCUACAAUAAUGCUGAAAUGCACAACGACCAAGAUCAAAAUCAACAAACUCAAACUAAAGGUUUAUUGGGAAUCUCCAUGCACACAUCAAUUUUUGAUAAAACACCACUGCAAGAUUCCAAUGGCUCGUUGAAGGAGCCUUCCACCCAAAAAUCGACUUCUUCCUCCAGUUACGCAAGACCAGCGGAGGGCAUUGCGGAAGUUGCUAACAAAAGGUCCAAGACAGUGGUUGAUCUUACGCUUUCUGAUGAGGAAAAUGACGGUGACCAUUGA